CUAAAACGGAAUAUCAAAACAACACAUGAAAGGAAAACCUCAGUUACACAAUUUCUUCACUCCUCUCUCUCUCUCUCUCUCUCACUACUCUUGAUUCUCUGGUGUUCUUGUGCAGUUCAUAUCUGAGUCUUGCUUGAAAAAUGGUGAAAAAAAGAGAUAACAAGGAGGAAAAGAAGAAGAAGAAGAAGAAGGGAAAAAUGUCAUGCUGUGAAAGAGAGGGAGUGAAAAGAGGGGUGUGGACUGCUGAAGAGGACAAGAUUCUUGUUGACUUCAUUACAGAGAAUGGGCAUGGGACUUGGCGAAAUCUCCCUAAACUUGCAGGUCUGCUUCGGUGUGGAAAGAGCUGUCGGCUUCGCUGGACAAACUAUCUUCGACCCAACAUUAAACGUGGUCCCUUUAGUACUGAGGAAGAGAAUACUAUUAUUCAUCUGCAUGGGACGCUUGGUAACAAAUGGGCUGCCAUAGCCUCCCACUUGCCAGGAAGAACAGAUAACGAUAUCAAGAAUUUCUGGAACUCACAUCUGAGGAAGCGCGUCAGCAACAAAGCCCUUGACCAGCCACCUUCCUCUUCAAAGUCAGUUGAUAUCAAAUCUGACACUCCUUCAACUCGACACAUGGUUCAGUGGGAGAGUGUCAGAGUCGAGGCUGAGUCCCGUCUGUCAAAUAAACCAUUGCCUCUCAGAACACCAUCAGGCAGCAAACUAGGGGGUGAUUACUUCCUACGGCUGUGGAACUCUCAAGUUGGUGAAUCAUUUCGAAACAUCAAUGAGAUCACAAAUGAAUGUGAAGGAGCUGCAUCCCACAGUCCAACAUCACAAACGUCGUCUCUAACAAAAGCUGAGUCUGGCUCAAGAUCCACAACCAUAAUGGGACCCUUCAAGACCACUAGCACGCCUGAAAUGGCUGGUCAGAAAGUGGAAAUCUGGAACUGCAAGAGGGAAUCAGAAGAAGUGACAGCUUAUUCAGAGUCCUCAAAGUCAUAUGAGAUGGAUGAUUCAUCAGAUGCAAUGAUGAAGCUAUUACUAGAUUUCCCUGAGGGUGGAAACGACAUGGGAUUUCUCCAAGGGCCCGAUGAUGAUGCCUCUGCUUACAUCCAAGAUUAGCUGCACUGACAUGCUAAGCCUGAAUCAGAACUCAAAAGUGCUAAGGAAGAGGAUUAUGCAUUUGGAAACUUUGCAUUCUCUUCAACAUAUAUAGUUUAAAAGCUGUCAAUUUAGUAGUUUGUGCAGUAGGGAAACAAAGUUGCUGCUCUCAGGAGGAGCAUUUUGAACAUGGAAUGGAGCUUGAUAAUCUGGUUUAUUUAUCA